GGCGUCAGUGACAGUCGGUCUUUUCCUUACACAGGUGAGUGGUCUCCAGUUUGUCGACGUCUUGAACCCACAUUUAUCAGCUUCUGGGAAUGUCCUCUGGUUCUCCCAGAAGAGCUGGAGAAGUGGAAGUAGAGGCCCAGCUGCACCAGGACCUCUCUGGGACUGCACCGCUCUCCUCUGACAUGGACUAAUUUUCGGAAAGUUUUUUUUUUUUUUUUUUUGCCACAACACGCCUACCGACCGCCGUCCAUUUCUUUUUUUUUUUUUUUUUCUGCAUCUAUUUCGUUACACCUUGCCAGAGUUGGUUGUCAUGAUGUUGAGCUUUGAAUGCCAGCGGGAGAUGUUUAGCUCAUGACUGAAAGACCAUGAAGCAGCCCGGGAAGUGACCUCGGUGGACACUACAGCCUGAGGGUGAGCCCCCUCACUGGCACCAUGGCGUCCAAGGAGAGACUGUAUGAGGUCUGGAUGCUCUACUGCACUAAGAGGGAUCCAGACUACUUGAAGUUAUGGCUGGAGAUUUUCAUCAGCUCCUAUGAGCGAUGCCUGGAUGUGGACUUUGAAAAGCCACCUUCAAGGCCAGAGGAGGUUCCCCCGGUGUUGACGCUCCUCCCAGACAACAUCCUGCAGGUUUUGCGCCACCAGCUGCUGCAGUGCGUCCAGAAAGCCUCUGACGGCCUGGAGCCUGAGCAGCAAAACCUGGCUCUGCUGCUGCUCAAGUUCCUUAUCAUCAUCUGCAGGAACCUGUCCAACGUGGAGGAGAUUGGCACUUGCUCUUACAUCAAUCACAUCAUCACCAUGACAACACUCUAUAUUCAGCAGCUGAAGAGCAAGACCAAAGAGAAGGAGAUGGCAGACCAGAGCCAGGCAGAAGAGUUUGUUCGUCAUGCGUUGGCUUUCUGCGAGAGCCUCUACGACCCGUAUCGCAACUGGAGGCAUCGAACCUGCGGGGAGCAGCUGGGUACAGUAGAGAGGAGCAGACAGAAGUACAAGGCAGCUCCGCUCACUGUUGAGUUUGUUCCUUUCUUUUACCAGUGCUUCCAGGAGAGUGAGCACCUUAAGGAGAGUCUGAAAUGCUGCCUGCUGCACUUGUUUGGAGCCAUAGUAGCUGGUGAUCAGAGGAACGCUCUGUUUGCCAUCUCUCCAGCCACCAUGGAGGUGUUGAUGCGGGUGCUGGCCGACUGCUCCAUGGGUAGCUGCUCUUCAGAUGAGGGCGAGGACUGGGACAGCGAGGCCCCCGACCGUAAGGCGCUGCUGACUCUGGGCUGCCUGCGGGAGGUGGUGCAGCGCCUCCUGGCCUCAAGCUCUGACCAGCGGCAAGUGGAGAUCGCCUCCGUGCUGGAAAACUACUUCAAGCUGCUCAACUCGGACCCGGCGGCUGUCGUUGCUGCCCGACAGCAGCAGCAGGCCAAGGGUCGAGUGCCGACACUAGGCCGACACUGGGAGAGCCGAUUUGUGGCGCUGCAAGUACACAUGCUAGACACUAUCAGGGACAUGUUCCUGUGUUCCGACAGGCCAGUUCUACAAGCAAUCUUCCUCAAUAGUAACUGUUUCGAGCAUCUGACACGACUCCUGCAAAACAGCAAGCUGGUUAAUGCUAGGUGCACGGCGGCAGACAAGGACCAGAAAGAUAUAACCAACAACAGGUUACUGACAGGAGAGAGGGACACUCAGGUGUUUCAAGGGCGACUAGACUCCCUCGCUGUAGCAACCAUUAAAGCCCUGACAACAGUGAUGCACAAAUCACCAGCUGCAAAGGAGGUGUUCAAGGAGAGGAUUGGUUACAAUCAUCUGUAUGAAGUGCUCACUUCACUCGGCCAGCCGUCACGGCACCUUCUCAAAGAGCUGAUGAACAUGGCGGUGGAGGGCGAGCACACCUCAGUGGGACUCCUGGGCAUCAGUAACGUGGAGCCCUUGCUGCUGCUGGUCCAGUGGCUCCCAGAGCUGGACUCAUCAGAGCGGCAGCUUUUUACUGCCGACUGGCUCCGCCGCCUCAGCUGCCUCAACCGCCAGACCCGCGCCACCUGCGUAAACGCCGCCAUGGUCAUGCGAGCGCUGGCCGCCCUGGAGUGUCACGAAAGGCUGCACCGAGCUUGCGCCGAGAGUCUUUUGGGGCUGGUGGGUUCACUGGGCUCCCAGUCGUUAGGCGCCAGGGAACUCCUGGGACUCGUGCGCCUCCUCAGGCCUCCAGAGUCCACUCAAGCACACCCUUACGUAGGUCCUGCCCUGAGAGCCCUCCUGGCUAUGGUACGGAAGCAGGGCCUGGAAAGUGCCAUGCAGUACUUUGACCUGUCACCCAGCAUGGCCGGCAUUGUAGUCCCAACAGUGCAGCGCUGGCCAGGCUCUGCCUUCAGCUUUGUCGCCUGGUUGUCACUAGAUCAGGACCAGUUAGGCCCACUCAGCAAGGACAAGAGGAAGCAGCUCUACAGCUUUUUCACCCCGGGGGGGAUGGGGUUUGAGGCCUUCAUUAGCUCAGCGGGUGUGCUAGUGGUUGCUGUAUGCACGAAGAAGGAGUACGUCACUGUCAUGCUGCCCGACUACUGCUUCUGUGACUCUCUCUGGCACAGCAUCGGUGUGGUGCAUGUACCAGGAAAGAGGCCAUUCGGACAGAGUCUCGUGUACAUUUAUGUGGAUGGGCAGCAGAAACUGUCUGCCCCCCUCAAGUACCCCAUCAUGACAGAGCCAUUCACCUCCUGUUGCAUCGGCUCAGCAGGCCACCGGACCACCACUCCCCCGCCCUCCCAGAUCCCAGACCCUCCGUUCUCCUCCGCCACAACACCCACCACUCGCUCCUCGCUGGGCGGCAUCCUGUCGCCGCAAACCUGGGGUGGGCUGCUGGGGGGGAAGUCUGAGUCUGUGACUAAGCUCAUCUCUGCAGGGACCCAGGACAGCGAGUGGGGAAGCCCUACCUCGUUGCAGGGCCAGCUGGGAAGCGUCAUGGUCUUCCAUGAACCCCUACAGCCUAACCACAUGAAAGCCAUCUGUAGUGCUGGUCCAAACUGCAUCUCUCCAUUCAAAACCCAGGAAUCAGAACUCGGCGACCUUUCAGCCAAAUUGCUGCUGCACUACUCCCCCAAGGCUUGUAGGAAUCCCAUCUGUCUCGAUCUGUCUCCAAACAUGCUGCACGGCCGCCUGACUGGGAAUAAAGUUGUCAACUGGGAUAUCAAGGAUAUGAUCAACUGUGUUGGCGGCCUGCCAGUGCUCUUCCCUAUACUGGAGCAGUUGUCUCUGGUGACCCCUGAUCAACAGGCCAGUGAUCCCGCAGCCGGGUCAGACUUCAUCACCCCUGAUGUGACCACGCCAGCCGACGGAGAUUGGGUCAUUCUCCCAUCUAACAGGGCUUCAGAGGCACGCCUGGAGAAAAACCUGGUAGCCACCUUCCUGUUGGUGCUGAAGCAUUUCCUGCAGAGACACCCAAUCAACCAGGAGAAUCUGCUGCACUCGCAUGGUGUCGGUACACUGGGAGCCCUCCUGCAGAAGCUGCCAGCAGGUCACGUGGACGUCAGCGUGUUGGUUGCUAUGCAGCUUCUGAUAGAGCAGGUGACAUAUGAGAAGAACCAGGCUCUGCUGCAGCAGCUUCAUACACAUCUACUGUUCAACUUCAACAUCUGGAACAAAGGAGACUUCCCUCUACGCAUAGGUCAUAUCCAGUACAUGUCCACGGUCAUCAAAGAUAACAGGAAGCAGUUCAGAAAAAAAUAUGGAGUUCAGUUCCUUUUGGACACGAUACGUCUUUAUUAUGGGAAGAACAGCAAUAAAGAGAGCGACCUGAGUGAGGAUGAUAUUCGUACCAUCCGGGCGUCUCUCUGCGGCCUCAUCAAGUACUACAUGAGCAAGGGCAUGUCACAGGAGGAGAUGCACAGCAUUCUGGGAUACAUCUCUGCCAUUGGAGAUGAGGAGCAGUUGUGUGGGCUGCUGGAGUUGUUACUCAGCCUUCUUCAAAGCAGUCUGGCCAGAGACCAGCUCUUCCUGCUCCUCUUUGAGCCCGGGGCGGCCGACUCCUGCUACGCUCUCCUGCUCAACAACAAGCAUUCGGAUCGACUCCGAGAACUCGUCUUCAAGUUAUUUGAGCGCAUGUUGCGCUGCGACCGCGUCUAUGAGAAGAAUAAACAGCGUUUGCGGCUGAGGGAGGCAGGCUAUGCCGGCCUUUCGCUGCUCUUCUCCGAACUUCACAUCACUCCCACCCUGAUCCGCUGUCUCCUCAACCAGGUCCUCCACACAGAUCACGUGGUGAACUACAAGGACCUGAUGUCUCUGGUCCAGCUCACUCACCGGGCCGGACCGAGCGUACGCCUCAUCGUCUGCAAGAGGGUGUACCAGCUGCUACAAUCCCAACAGGAUGCUGCCGUCCAGAUCUCAAGGCAGCAAUGUUGGCAGGACACUCUGAUGCGGCUGUACCUGCGGGGUGAAGGGUCCUUGCCACUGCGGGGCGCUGACACUGUCAGCACCUGCAGCCUGGACCUGAGCCGGCCCAGUGGCAGCAACACUAACCGCCUCGAGCUGCCGCUGGACAGGAGAGCGCGGGCAGGCAGCGCUAGCCGCCUGGACCGGCUAGAGGACGACCGGCUCAGCAUAGGUGACACUCGGUCUGUGGACAGCCUGGAGAACGGUGACGUCAUCUCGCUGCUGGACACGCCAUCUUCCUCUGCCUCCACCGAGCCUCCACUACACGUCAAGCCCUGGGUGGUGGGAAAGUCAGGGGGCUUGAUGCUGGAUCUGUCCCACCUGCAGGCAUACGAGGGCGGGGAGAGCGGCAGCCAAACGCCUGGCAGCAUGCCCAGCACACCGUCGCCACUGGAGACCUCUAAACCUUUCCCAGGAAGCUCCGGGGAUCGAGAUGCAACUUCCUCCCUGACUGAAGACAGCUUUCUCUUCAGUGACAACAUCUCACUGGGGGAGUCCUUCAACAAUGCUGAGCGGGCGGAGGAGGAGCUGUGCAGCAUGCUACUGGAGAUUGUGCUGUGCGUGAUGUGGCGUGGCGUAGAAGGUUCAGAUGAUUCGGCGUGGCUGGAGCGCGGUCAGGUCUUCUCAGCUCUCACUAAACUGGGAACCGCCAACGAGCUGCUGCUUCCAGUCGACCAGAUCAAACUCAGUCUUAUGGAACGUAUGUUGGAGUGGGCGGUGAGUGAUAACCGCGAGGCAUCAGCCGCCACGUUACCGCAGCACACGGAGAACGCAGUGCGGUUGCUUCACAUGGUGCAAGACUUCCUGCAGGCUGAGGGCCUGGUCAACCCAGCUCUGUGGACGGAGAAGGUGCUGGAAGAGACCGUGACACUGAUGGACAGCCUCAUGGUUUGGUACUCGGCCGGCACCCAGUGGUUCCAGCUCUCUCAAGUUGGACUGAGAUUGCUGCUGGGCUUCAUGGCUCAGACAGACCCAGAAGUGUGUGCAAUGGCCACCGCCAAGCUGAAUGGCAUCCUGCAAACAAAGGAGGUGUCCAGCCAGGACGAGGCCUGCUACCUGCUAGGUAAGGUGGAGGGCAUCCUGCGGCGUUCUGUUCAGGAACAAACGGAGGAGACGUAUUCCUUCCUGGUUCCUCUGCUGCGAACGCUACUCUCCAAAGUCCACCGCCUCCUCUACAUGGAGCUGCACCUCCCCCAGCUCCCGGACACCAACGGCAGCCCGUCCUUCUUCGAGGACUUCCAGCUGUACUGCAACUCACCUGAGUGGCGCGUCUACCUCGACAAAUAUAUUAUCCCGUACAUGAAGCAGUAUGAAAUCGAAACAUUCAGCCAGGGCCAUGAGACCAUGGCUCUCUAUUGGAAAGAGUGCUACGAGGCUUUCAUGGUCAGCCUGCAUAAGAGAGAGAGGGAGAGGGGUGAGAGCAAGAUCCGCUUCCAGGAGCAAUUUGUGGAGCCUUUCUCACGCCGAGGACGCCAAGAGAACCUCCGCUACAACAGCAUGUUGAAACAGCAGCACAGCCAGAACAGUGCCACCCUCAGGCAGUGGAAGGCAGCACGCCGGGGUCUGGUGUGUGAGAGAGGACCCUGGGCUGACAGGCAACAGGACAAGAUGCACUGGAGGUUGUCCAGUGCUGAGAACUUCUCCCGCAUGAGGCUGAAAUUGGUCCGUAAUUACAACUUUGAGCCACACCGAGAGGCCAGCGCACUGAGAGACAACCUAGGUGUCCAUCAGCAGCGUGUAAACCCGGAGUCUCUACUGCUGGAGGCUGUGAAGCAGGUCAAAGUCAGCGACCUGGAAGACGACAUCCUGGAGCUGCCUGAGGACGAUCCUGCUGCUGCCAACAACCAAGUUGAAACAGAGGAGGCAAGCCAGAAGGAGAAGCUGGUGCUGUGGGAGGACUGCGAGUUGGUGACGGUGGUGGACGUUGUGCCUGGUCGCCUGGAACUCACCACCCAACACAUCUACUUCUACGACAGCAGCCAGGAGAAAGAGGAAGGUGUGGGCCACGACUUUAAAUGGCCCCUGUCUCAGAUCCGAGAGGUCCACCUGCGGCGUUAUAACCUACGGCGCUCAGCUCUAGAGAUCUUCCUCAUCGAUCAGACAAAUUACUUCCUCAACUUCAAGAAAGAGGUGAGGAACAAAGUCUACAGCCGCAUGUUGCUGCUGCGAUCUCUCAGCCUUUAUGGAACCCGCUCCCCACAGGAGCUCCUCAAAGCCUCUGGACUCACACAGAAAUGGGUGAACCGGGAGAUCUCCAACUUUGACUAUUUGAUGCAACUGAACACGAUUGCAGGCAGAACGUACAACAACCUGGCUCAGUAUCCAGUGUUUCCCUGGAUUCUAGCUGACUACACUUCAGAGGAGCUGGACCUGUCUGAUCCUCGGGUAUUUAGGGAUCUGUCAAAGCCAGUCGCAGUUCUUAACGAACGCAACGCCAAGGCUGUUAGAGAGAAGUAUGAAAGUUUCGAGGACCCGACAGGCACCAUCGACAGGUUCCACUACGGCACCCACUACUCAAACGCCGCUGGAGUGAUGCACUACAUGAUCAGAGUGGAGCCCUUCACCUCCCUGCACAUCCAGCUGCAGAGUGGACGGUUUGACUGUGCCGACCGCCAGUUCCACUCCAUCCCUGCGACGUGGCAGACCCUCAUGGACAACCCCAAUGACGUCAAGGAGCUCAUCCCGGAGUUCUUCUACUUCCCAGAAUUCCUUGAGAACCAAAAUGCCUUUGAUCUGGGUCGCCUGCAGAUCUCCAAGGAAAGGGUAAACGAUGUGGUUCUGCCCAAAUGGGCCAAGUCCCCUGAGGACUUCAUCUACAAGCACCGCAAAGCCCUGGAGUCGGAGUACGUCUCAGCCCACCUUCAUGAGUGGAUCGAUCUGAUCUUUGGUUACAAGCAGAGGGGCCCUGCAGCGGUGGAGGCCCUCAACGUCUUCUACUACUGCACAUAUGAGGGGGCGGUGGACCUGGAUGCCAUCACUGAUGAAAAGGAGCGAAAGGCCGUGGAAGGCAUGAUCAGCAACUUUGGACAGACGCCCUGCCAGUUACUCAAGGAGCCCCAUCCUGUGCGCCUGCCUCAAGAGGAAGUGGAGAAGAGGAAGGCUCAGCUGGACUCAUGUCCUCUCAACAUGUUCGAACACCUCAGCGACCUCAAGUCCUUCUUUGUUGAGGGCAUCAGUGACAAUGUGGCGCUGGUUAAAGCCGUGGUGCCAAAGAAUCAGUCCCAUUCCUUCAUCACCCAGGGGAGCCCCGACACCAUGGUGACGGUUAGUCGGAACUGCCUGGUCGGGACCCAUGGGUGGCUGCCUUACAACAAGAACAUCUCCAACUACUUCACCUUCAUUAAGGACCCCACAGUGUCCAACACCAAGACCCAGCGUUUCCUGUCCGGACCCUUCGCCCCCGGCGUGGAGGUCACAUCUGGACUGUUUGUGGUCUCCCAUGAUGGCAAGUUGCUCUUCAGCGGUGGCCACUGGGACAACAGCCUCCGGGUCACCUCCCUGGUUAAGGGCAAGACUGUGGGACAGCACAUCCGACACAUGGACAUUGUGACCUGCUUGUCAACAGACCACUGCGGUAUCCACCUAAUCUCCGGCUCCAGAGACACAACCUGCAUGGUGUGGCAGGUUCUUCAGCAGGGUGGAGCUCCUGUGGGUCUUUAUCCUAAACCAGUUCAGGUGUUGUACGGACACACGGACGAGGUGGUCAGUGUCAGUAUCAGCACAGAGCUGGACAUGGCUGUGUCUGGAUCACGGGACGGGACAGUGAUCAUCCACACGGUGCGUCGGGGUCAGUACAUGCGCUGCUUGCGACCGCCGUGCGACAGCUCCCUGCCGCUCUCCAUCCUCCACCUGGCUGUGUCCUGGGAGGGUCACCUGCUGGUCCACACCUGCCUCGAGGGCAAAGCAACGCUCAAGGAUAAAAACGCUCUACAUCUUUACUCUGUAAAUGGGAAGCACCUCUGCAGCGAGCCGCUGAAGGAGCAGGUGACUGAUAUGUGUGUUUCAGGAGAGUAUGUCGUCAUCGGCAGCGAGCAGGGAUACCUGUCCAUUCGUGACCUCUACAGUCUGUCGAUGAGCAUGGAGCCAAUGGCCAUGCGGGUGCCGGUGCGUUGCGUCUCGGUCACCAAGGAGCAGAGCCACGUCCUGGUGGGCCUGGAGGACGGCAAGCUGAUCAUCGUGGGCGUGGGCAAGCCGGCGGAGGUAAAGAACUCGCUGAGGAACUACAUCGCUCAGAGCCUGGAGGGAUCGCCGCUCAUGGCCUCCCCCCUGCUGGCCCCGCUUCGAGCUCGCUCGCCAACCCGCCUGCUGCACCAGCGCGACCAGCUGGUGUUCAGCCCCACUUCCAGCUCCCACAAACCCUAGCACCUCCUAGUCCGUUCCCCUCCCCUCCUUUUCCAUUGCUGUAUAUCUGACACACACACACAGACACACACACACACACACACACACACACACACACAGACACACAUACUGCACCUGUGUUGCAAUGCUCGGCCUCGACGUCCUCAAAGAACUUUCAACACGCAGUCACCUCUCCUUCUCAGGGAUGGUUGUCGCCCACAUUCACUCUUUUGGCUUAAUUCUUCCCAAACCAAACAAACAAACACACACACACACACACACACACACACACACACACACACACACACACACACACACACACACACACACACACACACACAUUUAUAGCUGAGCCACACAGAUUGAACACAUUCCUUCAGCACCCAGCUGAGCAGAAACUAGAACCACAACUGUGACAUAAAAACAACUUGUUGUGCUUACCUCAUUCUGUUCUAUUUGGUAUUUGGCAUCUGUGCAAUAUUUGACUAGAUUUGGCCGUUGACCUGGGAUAAACUCCAUCCCCUGCUGUUUACCUGAAGUGUCAUUAUGUCACGUGUUUGAGUGUACUCUUCAACUAUAACAAAUAAUGCUGUGAAACAAACUUAACACUAAUUAACGCUUCUGCAAACACAAAGCCAUAUUAACAGUGUAGCUACAAUCUAAUAAUGCAAACUAAUAAUCUUGCGCCAAGAUAGACUUCAGUGUUUGGAUGAUGUUGAUAGUGUGGUAGUGUAGAUGUCGGAGGUUGAUACAGGCAGUCCCCCUCUGAAUAGUUUGAUCAUCGCACCUUUCUGCUUUUCAUCUCUUCUGUUCAGAUCGACUCACCAAAGUGAAUCAAGCUUUAAUUUGUUCUUUAAUGCCUCACAAGCUUCACAAGUCAAUCAAGCUCCAAUGAACUAAUCAAUCACUCAUGAAUCAUAUACCUCCUCCUUUUUCUCCCCCUUCCGUUUCCUUUGACUUCACGCUUUUCUUUCCCCCCCCUCUCCCCCGUCCCACUUCCUCCUCCUCUUCCUCCACUCUUCUCAGAUGCGUUCGGGCCAGAUCACACGGAAGCUGUGGGGCUCCAGCAAGAGACUGACUCAGAUCUCCUCGGGGGAGACGGUGUACAACAUCUAGCGCCACCACAACUGACCCAUCCCGAGCCCUGAACCCUCCCCUCCAAGCACAUCCCACCCACAUUCCUGUCACUCAGUUUGCCUCCAUACCCAUCAAUCACCAAACAGAUUGCUUCAUUAUGUUUGAGGAAACUCCCUUCAGCACUGUUCCACUGUUUAAUGGGUGGUGGGCAGAUGUCUUGGUGGUGCUAAAACCAUCACAAAGUCUGCGUUAUGUUUUUUCUGUGUGCGUGUGUGUGUGUGCGUGUGUGAUCCUGCUUUGGGUUGAACGUACGGCGCCGGCGCUGUGGUUCAAAUCCAGAAGUAGCACCAGCCUCGGCAUCACCACACCACUACCCACCACUCCCAAACACCACGGCAUCUCUCGUAAUCAGCCGGUCAUCAUCAUCAUCUUUACAUAAUUCUACACAGUUAGCUCCACGGAGGCACUGUGGAUUCAUCGACCUGCUCAGCUUAAAUUGAACAGGAUCGGUCAGCUAACUGCUCUCCUGUGUGUGUGUGUGUGUGUGUGUGUGCGUGUGCAAGCAGCCUAUUGCCAUGCUCUGUCUCAAAAUAUAGUUUCAAGUGGCCUUUUUGUCCCCCCUUAGUUUGCCUUGGAUGCAGACAGGCGGGCCUGUGCUCUGUAGGCCGAGACUUUUCAUGGUUGCCUCAAAGCUGCCACACAGCAGCCUUAUGCAGUAGGACGGCUCCAUCACUCACAAGACCAAACUCUCUGCCUUUCCUAUGCGUUUUUAUAAAUAUGUGUAUGUGUGCGCGUGUGAUUUUCAUUUGUUUUUUUAUUGUGGAUUUCUAUGUUGUCUUUGUUUUGGGGUUUUCUUUUUGUUUGUUUUUUAGACAGAUUUAUGCAUGUGCCCAGAAACUUGGCAUCUGUUCGUAUGCAUGGCAUUUUUGGUACAUUUUGAGAUUAGAUAGCAGACACGGUGGUGGAGAAGUCGUGUUUCUUUUUGUUUGUUUACGCUUGGAUAUAGCUGACUUGUAUCUGUAGCGUCAGUCUUCAAUGUUCAUAUCAUUUAAGAUACGGUUUUGUAAAAAAAACAAACACAAAUUCUCACUACAGGCAAAACACUACACUCUGAGACGUAAGAAGCAUCCAUGUGAAGAUUUAUCACAGCAGUAGAGAGAAAGAAAAACUACUUUAAAGUCACAUAUCGCUCUCCGUGCUUCAUCGAAUGUUUUUAAGUUACUUGAAUCCAUGUUUAUUUAUAAGUAAUAGUAGCAGUUUUUUAAAUCACACCUUGUCUCUUGAAUACAGACACCAGUAUAUUUUAAACUCUGACUGUUCAGACACCUGUAAAAGAAGGAGAAAGAAGAAAUCCUCAAGGGCUUUAUGAGAUGUCAGUGUUAACAGCAAUACAGCUUCUUCGGCGGGUGGCUGUCGAUGCUUUCUUCCUGUUUGUCCCAUAUUGGUCGCUCAGCCAGCCCUCUAUCUCCAGUCUUCCUAUACCUUAACUGGGACAGUAAAUGUACCCCACCUCCCUCCCUUUCUCCCCCCUCCUCCCAUCAACUGCCUUGAGCUGUCAUUGCCUCAAUCUAUCAUCCUUUGUUGUUUUUACAUCUCAUUCUCCUUCCUGCUCAUUGUGAAGCGACUGAUUUCAGAGGAGUUUUUUCUUUUAAUGGGCAUCGAGAAGGUUUGCAUGCCUCGUUUAGGUCGCUCGGAAGACGUGUUGUUCGUGUGUGUGAAUGUGAUUCCUGUAAUAUCAGAAUCACAAAAAAGCCACAGUAUGAAGCUCCUGUGGAUGUGAUUUAUAUUUUUGCACCAUACCUGUGUGUGUGGGUGUGGGUGUGGGUGUGGGUGUGUGUCUGAUUGUAUGUGUGUGUGAGGACAUGCCAAUGAUGCAUGUUUAUUUUUUAUAGCCAAAUUCUUGAUUUCGUUGUUCAUGUGGCGUCUCUGAUUCUGUGAACCGUGGCAGCCCUUGAUUGUUUUUGGCUCAGUCAUGGGUUCGGCAUUGAACACAGGGUCACUCUAGUGGUUCCCCUUUUCUCUUUUUUUUCCCAUCGUGAUUUUUGUAUUUAGUUUUUAUUUAAAUGUCACAGCAAGGUGGAGUGCAAAGACCAAUCUGUGUCCUUCUCUAAGAGAUUUCUGUGAAAGGUGCAUAAAAUGUUUUUCAAUGCAGUUUUUUUCCCUUUGGUUCAUCCGCAUUUGUCAUUCAGACAAAAGACCACUGUUCGAGUUGUUCCACGACUGCAACAAACGGAGUGCCUUUAUCCCAGUGUGGUGUUAACAUAGAGCAAGGUUUCUCUCAUUACUGCAGAUUAUCGUCCCCGACCUCACCGUAAAUCAAAUGAAAGCAGCAUUCCAGAAGUUAAACCUCCACAGGUUCACCGGGAACCAAGAAUAUACUGUAGGACUUUAAAAUCAAAAAGUACUAUUUUGUGUCUUAGCAGCAUUCUCUGUGACUGUCACCAAAUGGAUGUGUGUAUAUCUGUGAUUAUUUAUGAAUACAGUAUAUAAUGUACAGCAUGAUUUUUAUUUCAGUGUAUUUGAAAUGUACUUUUGCACUUUCCAGGUACUAAAUUGUAACAAAUUGUUUUAACUUGGCUCCCUAAUCUGUACAAACUGCUUUGUAUACACAAGUGGAAAAUGAUCAUUAAAGUCUUGUCUAAAUUUAAA